AAAAAAACAAGACUUUAAGCACUUCCUUUGUCACCCACCCAUCGAUGAAGUCAACAAGACGAGCUUCUCUUCAGAAGAACCACUGAUGAGUAGCCUCGGAUGCGACGCCCACGGCGUCUUGAACGACGCAGAGUUCAGCAAACCUUUACCUUCAAUUGGCUUAUACGUAGCCAUCGCUUCCUUAAUCUGCGCACUAGCCAUGGCCUCCGAUCUCCUCCACGGCUUCCUCCACCGUAAAUUCUGGUUCCCCUGUAAGUACUUCUCACUCAACGCAACUUCCUUAACUUUCAUCGGCGUCGGUAUCAAACUCUCCGUGGAUCUCAACACCUCCAUGCCUAGUCGCCAGGAUCAGCUAUCUAAGCUAAGCAGCAGCGUCUUCGUCUGCACAGUGAUGGGCAACUCCAUGCCUUCUUUAGGUAUAAUGGACAACAAAGACCUCCUCAUGAAUCUCGUGGCCUUAGGGAUACUUGUGGUUACAGAUGUUGUCAAUAUAUGUAUUCAGUUAGGGACAGGUGCCAUCUAUGUAUUCAAAGAAGAACACUUUAUGGUCGUGCUUCUUAUGUUGCUUAUGCUACUGAUCUUGUGUUUCACGGCGACUACGGUUCCGACCACGAAGAGGAUCUUGGAAGCUAAGUAUAAGAAGAAGUACGAGGUUGCGUUGAAGUGUCCUUUGGCUACUGAGAAGAGAACAACGGUUGCUAAGAAGAUUCAGGGAGAUUUGUCUAAGUUUUGGAUGAUGGCUCACACUAGUAGUCCUCAGUUUGUAAUGGCUCGCUCUGUGACGUGUACUGCUUCUGGUUUCUUCUGUCUUUUGAGUGGUGUUACGUUAGGUGAAGCUAUGGUUCGGUCUUACUUGUUGAGACAGAGGUCGUCGUCGCUUAGGUUCUGUGAUGGAGAUUCUGAUUAUAAAUGGUCAACCUCUCUGGUUCUUGUUUGUCAGGCUAGUGCUGUAGCUGUAGGGACUGUUGCUCCUGCGAUUAGAUGGUUUACUGCUGUUAAAUUCAGGUGUCCGAUUAGAGGGAAUAGGAGUUAUAAGGACGAGUUUAGAGUGGAGAGUUACUGGACAGAGUGGUUCUCUGAGAAGAAACAACGUCGCUUAUUAAGUCUUUGGAUACUCAAAGAUCGUAGCUGCAGGAAGACCGCACACGAUAUUAAAAGCUGGUUGUUGGAUGUAUGUAUAGGGAUACAGUAUUUGAUUGUGUUUGCAAGCAAGAUCAUCCGUUACAUCUCUGUCUACUGUGUUAGUAGAAUCUUGAUCUGUGUUUAUUUGGUUUUCAGAGCAACGGGGAGUACGGUCUCUCACGUUGACUCUGACUUGUCUGGUUCGAGGCAGGAGCUAGCGAGUUAUGUACUUCAUCUUGAAGGAGAAGACGAGCUUGUGGAUUUGAUGGUGAGGAGCAAUAGAGAGGCUACAGAUCAUUGGAUAAAGAAAGGUAGAAAGAAUCAGCCGGUGAAUCUGAUAGAGCUUUUGGAAGCAACGACAGAGAUUUCGAGAGGGUUUGAAGGGAUUAAAGAGUUUGAUAGCAAUGACGUGGCGUCUCUUGCACCAUCUGGAGAGCAGCCACCUAACUGUUGGGCUCUCCCGCUUGUGACAAUGACAAGUAUAGCUUUAGCUCUUCCUAAUGUGAAGCCAAAGCUGCUUAACGCUGUUAGUGAGGCGUUAGACUCUGUGAAUAAGUUUGAAUGUGUUUUAGAUACAGGAGGAGAGUUAGCUAAUCUAAGGAAAGCUGCUGAGUUAGUUUGGUUAGGUGUUGAUCUUUACCAUAAGUGGUUGGAUGUUGAUCUUCGGAAACUAUCUAAGCAGGGGAAAACUCCGGAAGAAACACUUAGGGAGCUAGCGGAAGUAGCGAAGAGAGAGUUCUUUGAGUCGUGGCAAAUGAACUUGAUGGUGUGUAUGAAGCAUAAGCCAUCUCAUUGGCCCAUCAAGACUCUAGCUGCCAACUCCAUGUACAGAAUCUGUCAGACCAUUCUGCUCAACUACAAAACAAGAGACUACGGAACAGAGGAAGCUCUGUUGAGGAAACUGGAAACCACAAUCUCGGACAUAGUUUCAGGGUGUUUUUGCAACGUGGUACAGGUUGUAUCCGUUAAGUGUUUGGUGACGGCUGUAGAAGUGAGGGAAGAAUCGGUAAGAGGAGCGGCUUUGCAUCUCGGAAGAACAGAGAAAAUUCUAGAGAUUGUAGAGAGAAGACGGUUACCUGAACUGAGAUGUGAUCAGCUAAAGAACAUUGAUGAAUGGAGAGCGUUCUACAAGAUGAACUCUUCUGACUGUGAUAAUAGCAAGACAGUUUCUUCUGAUUCAAAUGAAGUGUGCAUCAUCACUGUUGACUAAUUUUGUAAAAAAAAGCUGUUUGUGUAGAUACAGGUUAAUGAUUGUUGUUGGUGAUUGAUGAUGCUAGUCAGAUGUAAUAAUGAUGUGUAGCACUUGAGUUGAAAUGUAACAGUAUCUCACUAUAUGCUAUUGAAGACAGAAUUUGUUUUCACUCCAA